AAACCUUUUCAUUUGACCAGAUUCAGUUAUAAACAAUAAAUCCUGAGCUCCUCAGUCAAACUAUGACGUCAUCAUUAAUUAAUCUGAGACCAACAGUCAUGUGACCAUAUAUCUGAGGACAUAGGACUGAAACUCAGGAAGUGAGAUGGACAGAGGACACAUGAAAGUUUUGUUCAUGUUGUAAUUCUAGUCAUCAGGGUUCUGUUUUUAAAGGAACUGGACCUUUGUUUUGACAAUCCAAACCAGAGGGAGAAAAAUGAGAUCGGAGGAAAAAAAAGUCUCGAAGGAAAGUUGAUAAAUUUAAUGUUUUCCUCCCUUGAACUUGUGUUUAAGUCAAAUUAAUCAUUUUGGUAGGAAUGAAAUCUAUGUUGCUGUUUUUCACCUCCAACUAUUAUUAUUAUUAAUUCAUUAAUAGCCAUAGAAACAUGGUGCUGUUUACAGUGGAGAACUCUUGAUCAUGCAAUAAUUAAUUAGACACAAUAAUUAAUGCUCCCCCCUCCCCCAACCCUAUUUUGAUGAUGACAUUGUGGUUCGCAAUUACAUUGGCACCAUAAUAAUACAGUAAUGUUGUUUCCAUCACUCCAACCAGAGGUCAGAGGUCAUCUUCUCUCAGGUCUCAGUAGACUAACGUCUUCUUCUUCCUCUUCCUCUUCCUCUUUUUCUUCUUCUCUCUCCGGUUCUGGUCAGUGUGAGUGUGGCGGUUAAAGAGCGAGUGGCGGUAGAUUUGAAUGUUCCUGGUCUUUGGGUGUCUUACUAUGUUCUUCCUCUGUUGAUGUUCCUGAUCUGGUGAGUCUUUAUAACUGCUGCUUUGUGUGUGGAGUAAUUGCGCGUAAUCCAGGUGUUUUCGGGAGGAAUGCCGUCCUCCAAGACAUCUUGUCUUGGAGGACGGCUGUUGAUUGUGGAGGCAGAAAUAUCUUUCUGCUUCGUCAACAUCUAUGCACGGAACCAGGGAAGACAGAGAGCGGCUCUUUUCCAACAUAGUGGACACUGAAUUAAGGCAGGAGCUCCUGGAGAAGCUUCCUCAGCUCAGCCCGGAGGAGAGAGCUGCGUGGGAUUGGGACGCUGGAGGAGUUGACGUUGGGUCAGCCGCCGGGGAUCUAUGGUCUUUCCGCAGACUUUUUCAAUCACCUGUGAAAUAUACUUGGACUGGACUUGGGGGGCUGGUUUGGAGAGUUUGAGAACAGAAUGUCUUCCGGUUUCCUGUCAGCGAGCGGUGCUCUCUCUGCUGCCGAAGAAAGGAGACCUGGCGCUACUCAAGAACUGCAGACCGGUGGCCCUCCUCUGCACUGACUACAGGAUGCUCUCAACAGCCCCAUCAAAUUAACUCAAGGGCAACCAGAGCGUAGUGGUACGUUCAGACAAAACUUAUUGUGCACCUGACAGGACCAUAAUGGACAACCUUUUUUUCAUAAGAGACACUUUCCUUGUGUGCAGAACAAUUAACGUGAACUUUGAUGUUGUGUCUUUGGAUCAGGAGAAAGUCUUUGACAGGGUGGACCACUCAUAUCUGUUGUCUGCACUUUGGAGGACUCACGUCAGUGGGAACAUGGUGAUGAUCAAACUCCAGAAGCAGCUUGUGGAGCGAACCAACGGGGUGAUGGAGCUGGAGGGACGUUUCCUACAGCUUCAGGAGAGUCAGAGGAACCUGCAGCUUGUUCACGAUGGCGCCAUGCUGAAGGUGGAGGAGCUGUCAGCUCAGCUGAAGAAGGAGAGGUUGAGGAGCUCUGAGCUGGAGACAAGGCUGCAGAGCUCCUCCAUAUCAAGGAUGAAGAUGGAGGAGCUGCAAGAGAGGAUGAACGAGGCGGAGCAGGAAAGAGACUUGUUGAAGGCCAACAACGAGCAGCUGCUCAACAGAUCCUUGGGCGUGUCUCUGCAGCAAAAAGGUCAGAUUCAGGAGCAGCAACUGAAGCUCCAGAUCGCCCAGCUGGAGGCGGCGCUAAAAGCUGACCUCAUUGACAAGAACGAGAUCCUGGAUAAGAUCAAGGCUGAGAGAGACUCAAACCAGAAGCUGACAGAAGAGAAUAAGAAACUUCAUCUCCAGUUUCUGGAACAGAAGCAGCAGCUGGAGGAAGCAAACCAGCGCCUUGGCGUCUAUAGCAGGGAGAAGGAGUACGACGAGGCUGAACUCACCGAGGCUCUGCUGCUCAUUAAGAAGCGUACGUCUCAGCGGAGUGGACAUCUGAGCUUCCUGAAGGAGGAGGAGGAUGAGAAGGAGGAAGGAGGAGGAGGUGGCAGGGGCGGCAGCAGCAGCUCAGAGGGUGACGUGCGAGAGUUGCGAGCUGUUCACGCCGAGACCAUCCAGGAACUUGAGAAGACCAGGAACCUCCUCAGCAUGGAGGGCAAGAUAAGCAAGGGCUACAAGGAGGCGGAGCUUGAGGCAGUGUUGAACAAGCUGGAGGCAAACAGAGUGACGUGGGAGCAGAAGCAUGAGCAACAGGUCGCUCUACUGGACUCCAAAACCGCUAAGAUCCAUAGACUGGAAGCUCAGCUCCGAGUCCUGUCCUACAGCACCACACCCUCUGUCUUCAAACAGGACAUCCCAGAUGAAGAUGGGUUUGAGGAGCAACCUCUCCACCUGGAAGAAGGAAAAAACCUGGUGGAGCUCCAGGUGGUCAGCGCCUCCUUCUCGCCGUCUGCUCUGCGGCUCCUGGGGGACGCCGAGCUCUCCACCUUCUGCACCUACUCCUUCUACUCCUUCGAGCUGCACUCUACCCCGGUGGCGAGGGGCCGGGCGCCGCACUACGGCUUCACGUCCCAGUACCCAGUGACUGUGGACCAGGAGCUGCUGGACUACCUGCUGCGGGGCUCAGUGGUUGUGCAGCUGCAACAGGCCCUGGGACUGGACUGGAGGACGCUGGCAAGGGGGCACAUACGCCUGCAGGCGCUGCUGGAGCGAGACGGGGGGGUCCAGGGCAGCGUGCCGCUUGUUGGUGUGUCUGACGAGGCUCGCUCCUUUGGCUCUGUGGACUACUGGAUGAAGCUGAAGGUACCGCUGACGGAGACGCUCCUCCUGCACAGAGAGAAGCCGAAGGAGAAGGACUACGUCAGCAACACUCUGAACCAGGACGCACAGCUCCUGCCUGGCUGGAACCAGCUCCUCCUCACAAUCCAUGGCUGCAGAGACCUGAGGAGGUCCGGCGCCUCUGUGCCCCCGCCGAGCCCCUUUGUGGUCUAUAAGUUUUAUGACUUUGGGGACCACCCGACUGCCACCGCCUUUCGCUGUGCCUCCCCCGAACUCCAGGACCUGAGGUCCUACCCCGUCGCCAUGGACGCGGAGCUGGACCGGUACCUGAAGUCGGAGGCCCUGCUCCUCUACGUGUUCGAUCAUGAGGAGGAGCGUAUGGACGCCUACCUGGGGAGGGCCCGGGUGCCUCUGCUGCCUCUGUCCCGGGACCAGGGGAUCUCUGGACUAUUUCAGCUCACUGAUCCCUCCGGACUCAACGCCGGCCUCCUCGAAGUGACGCUGAAGUGGACGUCCGCCUACAGAGAGAGGGAGGACGAGAGGGAGGACGAGAGGGAGGACGAGAAGGAGGACGAGAAGGAGAAGAAGAAGGAGGAGGAGGGCGGGCUCCCUGAGGCCCCGGGGUCAAAGGCCAAGAGGCCGAAACUAGUGAGAGACAAAAAGGUCUCAUUCAGAGAUCCAUCUGCUCCGGAGGACCAGGAGGAGGACACGAGAGACAUCGCACCAGCUGCUAUAAAGCCUGUGUUGGCUCCUCCUCCUCCCAACACCACAGAGGAAGAGGAGGAGGAAGAAGAGUCUCACUUCUCUGAAGGUCAGCUGGUGGUGGCCGGCUCUCCUUCUGACACCUCUGAGGUCUCUGACUACAUGGUGGAAGAUGUGGACGAGUCCUCUCGGUCAGACAGCGAUGACAUCGUUCAUGGGCGGCCGGCGGAGAGGAAGCCGUCGCAGGGGGUCCGGCUGGAGGUUGUGUCUCUGACCUUGAGGCCGGACUCUCGGGUGUUCCAGGAUGGCAGCGUGGUGCGUCUGUUUGUGGAGUACUCUCUGCUGGAUCUGCCCACCGAGGAAACCCCCCUGUCUCUGCCCAAACCCCCCCCGGGCAAGAGCAUCAACUAUAACUACAGCAAAGUGAUUCCUGUGGACUCUGAGAAUAACGGGGCGCGGCGCCGCCUGCUGAGACGAGUCCUGCAGGGAGGAAAGCCUCAGAUGGAGAGAAUUUCGUUCACCGUGGUCACAGAGCCUCCAGAGGAAGAGGAGCAGGAGAAGGAGUGUGAGGAUGUCGGGGUGGCCUUCAUUCGGAUCCCCGAGAUCCUGGAGAGACAACAAGACAUGAUUGAGACCAGCCUGGACGUGGUGGACGUGGAGGACAGCAGUCAGGUGGUCGGCAGUCUGAUUGUGACCGUGGAGGGACUGCAUGUUCUACAGGCCAUCAUGGAGGAAGCGGACCUGGACCAGGACCUGGAGCAAGAGCAAACCCCGGUCUCCUCUCUGCUUCCAUCAUCAUGAGGCACCACUGACCCAGAAGUACAAUUACAACCACAAAUACAUAUCUUCAGGACUUUCAUUCAGACUCUUGUCUGUGGUGUUGGUGUUGAUAUUUAAAGACAUGUGGUCCAGCAUCAGUGUGACCGGCAACAACAGCGCCAGCAACAUUCUGACCGGCGUUCAUGUUCCCCAGAGGAUGGACCCUACCACAGUCUGGUCUGCCUGUUGGUGUGCCGUUGUGACUUAUUUCACAUUGAAAUGAGACGUUUAUUACACAAAUAAAAUGUUACAUUUGAGCAAACUUUUAUUUAUUAAAUAUGUGUGUAAAUGUUCAUAAACACCAGCUCUGAAGAUCUUUUCUUCAAUGUGAAAUAGUUUAAAGUUUGUACUGUAGUUAUUUAAUGGAGCCAAACUAUUCUGUGAUUAAAUAAAUAUGUGAUUAAAAACAGAAGUCUUGA